AUGGCUGCUCGAGUCUUGGCGAAAAUUCGUGACGCUCAGUCCCUCCUUCGCGAAUGCCAUGGCUGGCUUGUGCAAAACGAGUUCCUGCUAGCAGCUGAGUUGUGUCAAAUGGAAGGCAGGCUCGAAAUACUUUCUGAGAACAGAUGUUUUGCUAAUUCCCCCUGUCCUGGGAUUCAAGACGAGGAGCUUUCCCGCCUUGUGAGUACUGACCUCCCUUUCAUGGCUCCAGACACCGAAACCGCCGCGGAUCUUACAACGGCUACCGCAAACCUCAUCCAACUAACAGGGGCGGGACCCAAGCCUCGCCCCCCUCGAGUUGAAGCUGCAGUGACAGGAGCAUCGCGGCCAAGAGGCGUGCUCUUGGAUUUCAACCACGACGUGGAAUUCGUCCAAUUGCCACCAAAUAUGGUGGCCGACAUGGAAACAGCACAAACAGUUAGUUUCGGAUUAAAGGGAAAGCAGCGCUUGCCAGAGUGGCCCGUUGCUAUAGGCAGCGAUGAGCCAGUUUCGGGGGUCUCGGUCCGGGUGGACGGUGACGAUAUGUCUCUCCACCAGACCAUUGCUACUGCAGGCCAUGCCGCCUCAGCACGUCUGGAAAUCCCCAUUGGCAGCUACCCUUCUCCCCCAGCGGUUGAAGAAGGUGUUGUCCCGGUCCCAUCCCAACCACAGUUACCAGGUUCGCCCGCGUCCGGCUCCCUUGAGGUUGGGUCACCUCAUGAAUCGCAAACAUACCAGCGGGUCCAUGAGAUUGCUGAGAGCCAAAAAGGCGAUUCCACGAAUUGUGAGGAGCUCCCUGCGUUGACCAUCACAGGAGGUUCUACGGAGGGCAUGUUGAUUGAUCUUGACGACGAUCUGGCUGUUGUCCUUCCAGUUGGAGCUGACGCAGAUACCGACACCACUGCUCAUCCAGAAGAAAAGGAUGUUCUUGCAGCUGGCCUUGAUUCUGGGGCUGGGCACAAUCUUCAGCUAGAGGAUUUGGAAGACGAUCAAAUCAUCUUCCAGGGAGAUGCAGCAAAGGGCAUCCGUCGGGAUUUCAAAGCCUUGUUUGUCAGUUCGGAUGAUGACUCUCAAACCGCUCCUCGUGCUAUUGAUCUCAAAGCAAUUUUCGAGAAAUAUUCUGAAGUGAUAAUUUGCAGAUGA